GACUUCAAACAGCAAACAGCUUAGUUUCCUUGGGUUCGCCAACUUUAACGGACGAUAUCUUGAAACAUCCAGAUUAGAGAAUACGAAAUAAUAAAAGAUAUUAGUUCACAGUGUUCCAUCUCGUAAAUAAGAAUAGCAAUCGGUUAUAUUUUUAACAGCGACACGACAUGGCUAUUUUGAAAUUGUUAAUAAAUCUUGGCCUAAUAUUUACUGUUAUGGCGAUUCCUACUAACAAGGAUUCAAGCAAUGAUUCAGUUCAGAAAGUUGACGAAGAUUCAAACAAUAAUUCGGCGAUUAAUUAUCGUUUACCAGACAACGUAGUUCCGAUACAUUACAAUAUUAAGCUAAUGCCACAUAUUGAGGAAAAUAAUUUUGUUUUUAUAGGAGAAUCCAAUGUUAAUAUCACAAUUCGUCAUGUAACGCAAAACUUGAGUUUACACGCAUUGGAAUUGAUAAUAAACAAAACGGUGAUAUCAUUGUUCGACAACAAUGGUACUGUUUAUACAUUGGCAACACAUAAUUAUGACAAUAUAACACAAAUCUUAGUUCUUAAUUUUAAUAAUAAACUAUUACCUGGAAAUUAUACUUUGAAAAUGCGAUAUGUUGGUAUUCUACAUAAGGAUUUGAAAGGCUUUUUCAUCUCAUCUUAUACCAACGAGAAAGGAAAUAAUAUGUGGUUAGCUGCAACGUAUUUCGAACCGACUUAUGCGCGACGAGCAUUCCCAUGUUGGGACGAACCGGCAUUAAAAGCUACUUUCGAUAUCUCCAUAAAACAUCAUCGAAAUUACACGGCUCUAUCAAAUAUGCCAAUACGAGAACAAUCGAAAGAUUAUAACGAAGACGGCAUGAUAUGGACGCACUUUGAUACGACUCCCAUAAUAUCUACCUAUCUCGUAGCGUUUGUAUUAGUGGCCGAUUAUGUUCGCGUUCCUACUAAGGAUGAAACCAUUAAUAUAUGGUGCAGAUCGAAAUUAGUGCCCGAUACCAAAUUUGCACAAGAAGUUGUUCAAAAAUCUAAAAGGCUAUUGACAGAAUAUACCAACAGCAUUUAUAAGGUUCCAAAAAUGGAUCUCGUAGCACUCCCGCAAUUCAUAUCUGGUGCCAUGAACAAUUGGGGACUCAUUACUUUUCUUGAAAGAAAACUUACAUACAAUGAAAAUCUCGAUACGGUAUUUACUAAACUAGAAGUAGCGGGGACAAUAAUACAUGGAAUGGCGCAUCAAUGGAUUGGUAAUAUAGUCACUCCAUUAUGGUGGUCUCAUCUAUGGUUAAGUGAGGGAUUUUCGUCGUUCUUUGAAAUAUAUAUUUUUAAUGAGAUUUUCGAAGAUUGGCGCAUAACGGAAUAUUUUGUUGUUAAUAUUCAACGAGAAAUUCUUUAUUCGGAUAUUGGUAUGCUUAUGAACCCAAUUACAUUAGAAGUCAAUACACUCGAAGAAAUUGAAUCACUCUUCUCUGGCUCCAUUUAUCGCAAGGCACCUGCUAUAUUGCGGAUGUUACAACAUAUAAUUACCAAUGAAAUAUUUCAAAGUGGUCUUAUUAAAUAUUUACACACUCACCAGUUCAAUUCAGCUACUUCAGAUGACUUAUGGAACGCUUUGCAAGCAGUCCUAGAUAAAUCAGAUGCCCCGUAUAAUACUUAUAAAUUGAAGGAGAUAAUGGAUACUUGGAUAAAACAAUCGGAUUAUCCUGUAGUACAUGUGACUCGAAACAGUGACAACAAUAAGAUAAUAAUAACGCAAGAACAUUUCCUUCAAAAUGAAAAUAAGAACAUCAGUGAUAAUAAAUGGUGGAUACCUUUGACUUUCGUUACGCAAACAAAUCCUGAUUUUUCUAAUACUUUACCCACUCAUUGGCUAAAACCGCAAGAUCAAUAUAUAACGAUUGAUGGAAUUGAUCCAAAUGAUUGGAUUAUUGUCAAUAUACAACAAAUGGGAUACUAUCGUGUCAAUUAUGAUUCUUCAAAUUGGCAAAAAAUUAUGAAUUAUCUCCAGUCUGACAAUUAUACAAAAAUUCAUCCACUCAAUCGUGCUCAAAUCAUCGAUGACGCUUUUUUCUUUAUGAUAUUGGGCGAACAUGAUAUCAUGAUGUUUUUGAAUCUUAUUGACUAUCUAUCUGAGGAAAUAGAUUUUAUACCAUGGUACUCUAUAUUUCAAGUGUUAAGAUUUUCAGAAGAUAUAUUGAAAGUUCCAGAAAAUGAAUUCCUCAAAUCACGCAUGCUCGAAAUUUUGGAUGGAUUUAUUAAGAACAUAGGGUAUGAAGAAGAUCCUACUGAUGAUGAGCUUACGAAACUUCAAAGAACCGAAACUUUAAAAUGGGCAUGCACUCUAGGUCAUUCCGAAUGCAAGAGAAUGGCCACUAUUGAACUGAAUAAACAUUUCGCAGAUCCUAAAACAUAUAAAGUUUCGCCAGAUUUAAAAGAAUGGAUGUAUUGUAAUGGCUUGAUGGAAGCAAAAGCUUUUACUUGGAAUAAGAUAUGAAAAUAAUGCAUACAAUGUAAAUAAUGCAUUACAUGAUAUAAUUAACAAUGUGUAUUCUAAAAAAAAACUUGACGAGAUAAGCGAAUUUGUCAGAAAUGAAUUUGAAGAAAUAUUCAAAGAUGUUCAAGACAAAAUAAUAAAACGCAAAGAACGGUUGAACGUAUAUAGCUCAAUUCUACCACCUAAUAUAAAACAGAAGUUAAAAUUAUAAAAUAAUUAAUAAUUAAUUAUAACAAUUGCAAGAUGGACACAUACGUUUAUUUAUUUCUGAU